AUGGUGGUCCAGGAGGCGAGCACAGCACAGGCUUCUUUAAGCCAGGUGCUGCCCCAGCUGCGCUACCUGCAUAUCUUCCUGGAGCAGGUUCAUGGGUGCUUUGAAGAGCAGAGUGUCGGGGAGGUGGGUGCAGCCAUCCGGCUGGCUGAGGGUUUGGCCCUGCAGCUCUCCACAGACUGUCAGCUCAAUGAGCUCUUCUACCGUGAGGAGUUUGUGCUGGCGACCUUAUUGGAUCCCCGCUUCAAGAGCAAGAUUGAGGCCAUCCUGCCCGUGGGGGCCGACAUUGACCACUGGAAACAAGUUCUUGUAUACAAGGUGAAGGAGAUUAUGGUAUCUGAAUAUGCUUUGCCCAUCUCAGGAUCCCUGCAGAGCCCCACAGGUCCGCCUGUGGUCACCAGCAGAAUAGCCAGGAGCUCUGGGGCUGAGGGAAAGAGCCAGAAGGAGCCUCUGAAGAGAAGCAGCAGCUCCGGGUCUUUCCUGCUAGUUCAGAGGGAGAAGAGCUUGCUGGAGCGGCUGGAAAGUGUGGGGCUGUUGGCAUCUGAGAGGAGCGGGGCUUCAUUGGCCACUGAGAACCAUCAAGCUAGCAUCAUCAUCAAGAAGUACCUGCGGGAGAAUGAGACUGUUGGAGCCCAGGAGGACCCCCUGGCUUACUGGGAAAAGAAGCGUGAAGCCUGGCCAGCACUGGCCAGACUGGCCACUAUCUACCUGUCUUGCCCCCCAACAAGAGCCUUCUCUAAGAGUAUUUUUGCCUCCCUGCACAGCCCCACCAUCAUAGAACAGAACUCCCUUCUCCAAGUGGAGGCCGUUGAGCAUCUCCUCUUCUUGAAGACCAACCUGGAGAACUUCCCCAACUAUACCCCACCUCCCCUUAUCUUCUCCGGUAGCAACCUGGCCAAGGUGGAACAGACCUUGUAGUCUGCCCAGCAUGUGUGGAU